AUGCCUGUCAUCUCUCGUCAGCCAACGCGCUACUCAGUGGACGAGCUCGACGCUAUGCCUUUACUUGGUCGCAAUCCUAUAUUGCAGCGAGACCAGCCUACACUACGACUGCGGUUUCAACAGCGAUGCUUGAAGCCGGAGACGUGGUGGACAUCUCUUACCGCUUUUGGUGCCUACGAUGAUAUCUCGCACAUGCUGGAACGCGAGAAAGCCAUUGCAACGGAGGAAACCCGACAGGAAUGGAUGCGACGUCUGCGGCCUAUGCCUCACCGUCUAAGCCCUCCAGUCAAGCAAGGAAAACAACACAAAAGGAGCUAG